UUAGGGUUUUUCCCUGUUCAUCGUUUGCGAAAGAGGAUGGUUUCAGUGGAGAAUUCUUCUACCGAUCCAAAUCUUUUCCUCACGAAUAGGCUUGGAGAUAUUCGAGCAUAUUCAUCUUCUUUAGCGUCAUUCACUCUCCAAUGGAGGGACCUGGAGGAGUUGUUCGAGUCAAUUCAGUUGUCCGUCGACGACUGCUUCAACGAUAUCCAACUGAGACAGAAGCAAAUCACCGAAGCAUUAUCUUCAUCAGUCCCAUCUCAGCCUCGGCCGGAGUUGAAGUAUCUCUGCCUUAACAUGGACGGUAAGGGCUUGAGAUCGUUCCUGAUUGAGAAAACAAAGGCGCGUCCACCGUUCUCGAUCGGAGACGAAGUCUCGGCCGCCCUUUUAUCUGCUCCCGAUCCGGCAAUGCUUGUGCUGGAUGCAGUGGAUGACUUUUACCCGCGAAAAUCUAAAUCUAAGGGAAAGGAUAAGCGCAGCGAAUUGGUUGAUAUCAGAAGGACCUGUGUUCUUCUGUUGGAGCAGUUGAUGAAAAUCUCCCCACGAAUUGGUCCUGCUGUGACUGCGAAAGCCAAGAAAUUGGCAAUUGAAUGGAAAGCGAAAAUUAAUGGGGAAAACGAUAAUUCAUCGAGGGUGUUAGGCCUUUUGCUGCUCUUAGCUGCGUAUGAAUUGGGCUGUGUAUUUCAAUUGAAUGUGUUGUUUGAUCUUUUCGAGAUGGUUGCUCUGCACCACCAGGCUUCCGAGUUGUAUCGGAGGCUUGGGCUCAUGGAUAGGGUUUCUGAUUUCAUUCAAAAUCUUAUUACAAAGAGGAAGCAAAUAGAAGCUAUUAAGUUUAUAUAUGAAUUUGGGUUGGUUGACAAGUUCCCACCAUUCCCCUUGUUAAGAGCCCACUUGCAGGAUGCCAAGAGGGCUCACAAAAAGGCUACAAAGGAAGCCGACUCACGUCGAUCAAAGGAUGAGGCCAUUGACAAAGAAAUAGCUGCAGUUAAAGCUGUGAUCAGUUGCGUCAAGGAUCAUAAGAUCGAGUGCAAGUACACGAGCAAAAAUCUGGGAAAACGAAUAAAUCAGUUAAAAGCCCUGAAGAGAAACAGAGAAAAAGAGAUUGAAGGAGGUAAGGACUGUACCAGGACAGCACCUCAGGCUCAACAACAGCAUCACAAUAAAAAGAAGAGACUCCGGGCAGAACCAGCUGCAAACAGCAAUCCCAAAUAGACCUGCCAUUUCCUCUACCAUUUACCCUUUUUUGGACAAUCUGGGCAAGCAGCAGCUGCAGCAUUUGCAUAUUACAUUCCUACAUGCUGAAUGUAAAAUUGUAAACUAUGUGCCUGCCUGUAACAUGUAACUAGUUCAAGUUCGUCUUCAGUUCAUAUUCCAGUUACUUGUAGAGCAACUUCGGCUUCAGGCCAGAGAUUAUUGAAGCGCAAGUGUACAUUAUUAUUAUUAUUAUUAUUCUUUUGUUCA